AUGUGGCCUGUAGUUUGGACAGCCAUGCGGACCUACGCCCCAUAUGUCACCUUCCCCGUGGCUUUUGUGGUGGGAGCAGUGGGCUACCACCUGGAAUGGUUUAUCAGAGGGAACCCAAAACCUCGAGAGGAAGAGAAGAGCAUUCUUGAACUGAGGGAGGAAAGAAAACUGCAGGAACAGGUUGGGAUGGACGGAACUCAGGUCCUUAGCCUCAAGGAGAAACUGGAAUUUACGCCUAAAGCAGCUCUGAAUAGGAACCGUCCUGAGAAAAGCUAA